GUUGUCGUUUUCGAAAACCAUCAAAACAGGUCCACACCUCCUUAACCACUCCACCCACAACCCCCAUUUCUUCUCUCUCCUUGUCUCUCUUCCUUCUCAACUUGGUUUCCUCUCUUUUGCUAAUCUCAGGAUAUAUACUCUCUUAAUUACAAUCCCAUCUUCAUAUCAAUUUCUCUCUUGGUCGGAGAAGAUCACGAUCCAGCGAUGAAGCGUGCCUCUCCCGGCGACGACGACAAGAAGAAGAUGAAGAAGAUGAAGACGGAGGAAGAAUCAGGAUCAGAAUCAGAAGUACAAGAACAAGAAGAACGGGAUAUGGAGAGCGGAUUUAUGAAUCUGGACAACAAUCUGCUGUUCGAGGUGUUGAAGCACGUGGACGCGAAAACCCUAGCCAUGGCGGGGUGCGUGAGCAAGCAGUGGCACGAGACGGCGCAGGACGAGCGCCUCUGGGAGCUGAUCUGCACCAGGCACUGGGCCAACACCGGCUGCGCCAGCAGCCAGCUCAGAUCUGUGGUCCUCGCUCUCGGAGGCUUUCGCCGCCUUCACUCUCUCUAUAUUUGGCCUCUCUCCAAGCCCCAAUCUUCCUCCUUUUCCUCUUCCGUCGCGUCGCCGUCGUCUUCAUCGUCGUCGGUGUCGUCGUCUUGGAAACCGUUCCCGCCGAUAAUAAGCUCCAAACCGCCGACGCGCUGGGGAAAAGACGAGGUUAACCUCUCGCUCUCGCUUCUCUCUAUUCGCUUCUACGAGAAGAUGAAUUACACUAAUAGGGGCAGAUGAGAAAUUUCUUCCCUUCAAAUCUGUACUACUACUACUACUACUACUAGCUUUCCCUUUCGGAUUUGGCUUUGGGAAAUUUUAUUGCCCUUUUAUAUGAUUUUUGCUUAAUUUGUUUCCAGAUUUGGCAAGUAGAUCUGUAAUAUUGAUGACUUUUCAUUUCCCCUCUUU